AUCCUCCCACGCACCUCCUCCCACCCUCGGGCCACUGAGACGAAGAGACAGAGGGCCGCCCUCGCGCGGCCGAAGCCCCGCCCCCCCACGCGCCCAGCCGCCCGCGCACCCGCCCCUCCAGCGGAAGCCGGAAGCAAAAGCGGGCCCUGCUAGUCCCGUGGCUCUGAACUCGGUGGUCUUGGAGGCUCCGCAGGAUGGGGGAGAAGAUGGCGGAAGAGGAUAGGUUCCCCAAUACAACUCAUGAGGGUUUCAAUGUCACCCUCCACACCACACUGGUUGUCACGACGAAACUGGUGCUGCCAACCCCUGCCAAGCCCAUCCUCCCUGUGCAGACGGGGGAGCAGGCACAGCAAGAGGAGCAGUCAAGCGGCAUGACCAUCUUCUUCAGCCUCCUCGUCCUGGCCAUCUGCAUCAUAUUGGUGCAUUUACUGAUCCGAUACAGAUUACAUUUCUUGCCAGAGAGCGUUGCUGUUGUUUCUUUAGGUAUUCUCAUGGGAGCAGUUAUAAAAAUUAUAGAGUUUAAAAAACUGGCAAAUUGGAAGGAAGAAGAAAUGUUUCGUCCAAAUAUGUUUUUCCUGCUCUUGCUGCCACCCAUUAUCUUUGAGUCUGGAUAUUCGUUACACAAGGGUAACUUCUUUCAAAAUAUUGGCUCCAUCACCCUGUUUGCUGUUUUUGGUACGGCGAUCUCUGCUUUUGUAGUAGGUGGAGGAAUUUAUUUUUUGGGUCAGGCUGAUGUAAUCUCUAAACUCAACAUGACAGACAGCUUCGCGUUUGGCUCCCUGAUCUCGGCUGUCGAUCCGGUGGCCACCAUUGCCAUUUUCAACGCACUCCACGUGGACCCUGUGCUCAACAUGCUGGUGUUUGGAGAAAGUAUUCUGAAUGAUGCGGUCUCUAUUGUCCUGACCAACACAGCUGAAGGUUUAACAAGAAAAAAUAUGUCAGAUGUCAGUGGGUGGCAAACAUUUUUACAAGCCCUUGACUACUUCCUCAAAAUGUUCUUUGGCUCAGCAGCGCUCGGCACUCUGACUGGCUUAAUUUCUGCAUUAGUGCUAAAGCAUAUUGACUUGAGGAAAACUCCCUCCUUGGAGUUUGGCAUGAUGAUCAUUUUUGCUUAUCUGCCUUAUGGGCUCGCAGAAGGAAUCUCACUCUCAGGCAUCAUGGCCAUCUUGUUCUCGGGCAUCGUGAUGUCGCACUACACCCACCACAACCUCUCCCCGGUCACCCAGAUCCUCAUGCAGCAAACCCUGCGGACUGUGGCCUUCUUGUGCGAAACAUGUGUGUUUGCAUUUCUUGGCCUGUCCAUUUUUAGUUUCCCUCACAAGUUUGAAAUUUCCUUUGUCAUCUGGUGCAUAGUGCUGGUACUGUUUGGCAGAGCGGUAAACAUUUUCCCUCUUUCCUACCUCCUGAAUUUCUUCCGUGAUCAUAAAAUCACACCGAAGAUGAUGUUCAUCAUGUGGUUUAGUGGCCUGCGGGGGGCCAUCCCCUAUGCCCUGAGCCUGCACCUGGACCUGGAGCCCAUGGAGAAGCGGCAGCUCAUCGGCACCACCACCAUCAUCAUCGUGCUCUUCACCAUCCUGCUGCUGGGCGGCAGCACCAUGCCCCUCAUCCGCCUCGUGGACAUCGAGGACGCCAAGGCGCGCCGCAGGAGCAAGAAGGACGUCAUCCUCAGCAAGACAGAGAAGAUGGGCAACACGAUCGAGUCUGAGCACCUGUCGGAGCUCACGGAGGAGGAGUACGAAGCCCACUACAUCAGGCGGCAGGACCUCAAAGGCUUCAUGUGGCUGGACGCAAAGUACUUGAACCCCUUCUUCACGCGGAGGCUGACGCAGGAGGACCUCCACCACGGGCGCAUCCAGAUGAAAACUCUCACCAACAAGUGGUACGAGGAGGUGCGCCAGGGCCCCUCCGGCUCCGAGGACGACGAGCAGGAGCUGCUGUGACGGGCGCCCAGGCUCCGGGCAGCAGGACGCAGGAUGGGCGUUUGCCGCCCGCGGACACCCAGCAGGGGCCUCCCGGAGGUGCGUGCAUUUGGCAGCCUCUUCAGGACAUAAGCAAGCAGGGUGAAGUAGAGGCCACAGAGUCUUCUCAACCUGGAACUUUCCAGGCCUUUGGAGCCAGUUGGCUUCAGAAACGCAUGUCAUCUCCCCACUCCUCACUGAGCCGGCCUCUCUGCUCUGUGUUGCUUCUCGGCCCCCAGAUUGGAGUGGCCACCUGUCCUAGGUGAACACUUCCCUCUGCUUCUGCAGCCAGGUGAGCAGUCACCUAUCAGGCUGGGUGCCUGCCUGGAAGAGGAGGACUGCUGCCCAGCCUGCUGAGAGGAGCACUUGUUUGCAGUUUGUGCCAUUCGCAAGCCACUGCCUUCAUCACAGCCCCUGCUGGGACGGGCCUCUGUGCUGGCAGGUGGGAGCCAUCAAGGUGCCUCCCGCUCAGCAGCAGCAUUCUGACCUUAGUGGCAGCCCAGAAAUCUUGACGACCUCACGCCCCCCUUUGUGAUAGUUCCUGCACUCCCUGAGAAAAACACCCAGUGACCUUUUUCCCUUUACCUCUGAUUGGCACCUCACAGCCUGUCUCCCUGGGUGGCAGGCAGCUGCUGCCCUUCUCUGGGCAUAUUCUGAAUGUUUACACUGGUACCUUCUAGUGUCUUCUCUAGAGCCCCAGGAAGCUGCAACCCUGGGUUUUGGGGGUGAGAGAGCCUGAUCUGUGGGGUCAGAGCGCCCUCUAGAGGGAAAAGCUAGAGGUACAGGGUUUGUGGCAGCUGGCACCUUCGUCUUGAUUCAGUUUAAAUUCCUGCACUGUUACAACAAAGAGUGAGAGCCUACUAGUUGCCUCCUGCCAUCUGAUUCCUCCCUCACUGCAAUUCGCCUACUCAGUGGUUCUUUUUUAUUUUGUUUUUAUGUGAAGCGGGGUCGCCUCUGUUCCACAAAAUGUAAUGAGGGCUCCCCAUUGGUGGGCCUCACUUGUCCAGCCAGAGGCCCCUUUUCCUAGGCUCUGCAAUGUGUGCUCACCAGCUACCUGCUGCACCUUCACUGCUAAUCAGGGUUCAUCCUCUUUCCCCUCUCCCACUGCCCUACAUGUUUCGUCUCUUUUGUCACUCAUGCCAGGCUCCCAGGUCCCCAGAGCACUGGGGCAAGGGCCAGAGCAGCAGCACGUGGUCCUCCUCCCUUCACACCCCUACGUGGGACCCCAGCCACGGCCUGGGGUCAGAUGCGCGCACACACUCACCCAGCACCGUCACAGGGUUCCGACCUCCCAGCCGUCUGCAGGUGAUGAGCUGCCAAUCAUGUCCAGAUGAAACGGAGUUACUGACUCCCAUCCUCUCCUCACCUGUCGUCUAACAAGCCUCAUAACUGCUCAAUUUUGCCCUCCUGAGGGCCUUUAACAACUUUCAUAUGUGGUUCCAGGUCCCAGUUGAAGUCUUGGAACUCAGCACACUUGAGUGGUCUAAUCGUCAUUUGCAUGUCCUUGUUUCUCUGGGGACACACUGGUCCCACGUGGGCCAGCGUGGACCCUGGGCUGCUGUGGUAGCAGGUGCAUUUCCAUCUCUUCUGCCUCAGGCAGCAGCACGGCCCUGGAUGUUAGGAAGGACUGAGCUCAGGACCCUCCAGGAUUCGUGCCAGGCAUGAGAGGCCAGGCCCCUCCCGUACACCUUGCCUUGCCCCCGAAGUUGUCAGAGCAGGCCAGUUGGGCAGGAAGCUGUGAUAUGCUCUUAUUGCUUGAAAAGUAAAUUUUUACUUGAUAGAGCUAAAAUAUGAUCUUUUUAUGAUCUCUCAUCUUAACCUCAUAAUUUUAGCCCAUGCCUUGCUUAAUGUUGGUGGUCUCCAUUUCCUUUUAGUGCAAAGGAGGUCAAAGAGUGGCCUCUUUGAGAGAGUGGCCGGGUGGGGGCAGGGAUCUGAGGCCGGAUUGUUCUCACACCCCAGCUCAGAACUCAUUUACUUUCUCUCCUGAAAUUCAGGGUCUGAUCUCACAGAUGUAAAUUGCUUUGCAAACUCAGUAACUUGCCAGGAUUUCUUUCUUUCUUUCUCUCUAAUCUUAAAUUCACAGAUUAAGCAAUGAAGAGUCAGAUCUUCUCAGUUCAGACUGCCCCUUGGGCUCUGAUGCCUAAGGCACUUCGCACCUGGCCUCCCACUUUUAGCUCUGACCUGCCAUGCCUUGCUGAUGGUGCUGUAGCAGAAGAGCACUUGGAGCUUGAAGGAGGGGCACCAGGUUUUGCAGGGUGGGGGUGGGGAAGGUACCAGCUCGCCCUGGAUCCCACAAACCUCUUCUGCCCCCUGCUGACUAUGUGAGGGUUUGGCAGCCGGGGAGAGCACUCCUAAGAGAGCAGCCCCUAAGUAAAAGGUCAUGGAAGUCUAUUUUUCUGUUGGAUUUUUUUUCAAAUGUCUUUGCCUGAGAAUCAAAACUUGCUGCUGUCUACCUUUAACAUACCCAAUAAUCAUUUGGGGCAGUAAAAUGGAUGGAAGAAAUAGAAGUGUGCAGUUUAUACCUUCCCACAUAUGCAUUUUCUUUUAGGUGUAAGCCGCAGGACAGGAGCGCUCUAGCACGUGGGAGGAUGUGCUUUAGAGCGAGCGGCGCUGCGGGGAAGCUGGCCCUUCAGCCCUUCAGCCCGUGGGCCAGGGCUCCCCGGCAGCUCUCCACAGCAGGCUCUGCCAUGUCAUACAGCCGCUUGGAAUAAAUUGCAUGCGUUCUGCAACUCUGGUUGUAGGACCCUCGGAACAAAUGUCCCCUGCAACUUGAGCUGUGAGGCCUUUGCGGAAAGGAGCUGGCUGCUCCUAGGGCCUCAGAGAUGAAGUUCUGCAGUGGGCUGGGCCCAGGCCAGGUGAGGUGGUGAGGUUCCAUCAGACUCUCCUCCCGGGGCAGACCUGAAGUCCUCCUGCCCCAGGGCAGCCACCCUGUUCACAGUGGGAGUGCUGGCUGUGCCCAGCCUGGCUGGCAUGAGGCCCAGGGACAGCCCUGAGCCAGCCCAGAGAGGCCCUGAUUUGCCGGUAGUGUCCUCUGUGGGCCAUCGAAGGCUGAAAGAUGGGUGAGUGGGGAUCCUGCACCUCAAAACCCUCGUGAGAGGUGCCAUCAGCAAGGUGUGGCCUCAUGAAGUCUCUAAUCCAUGUUCCCGCAGGGGCCCCACGCCUGGCAGAAUCCUCGGCAGGGUGGCUAACGCCGGGACCCCGCUGCUUUGGAGGGAGGCAGGCAGGGGGCUGGCCAGGUGCAGGUGGGGCCUGGCGUGGCUCUGGGCGUCAUACUCUCCCUGAUUCCAGUAUGAGAAAGAAUCUAGCUAUCUGCUUUGAUUAGGAUUUUAAAUGCAAACAAGAGAAAAUUGUUCCUCCCCCCACUCUUCAAAAUGCUGGCAGAUGUCUCCCCUGCUGGCUGGUGGGUAGGAAACCAAAUCUGAAACGCUCCUGACACAGCAGCCAGAAUCACUGAGAAGUUGCUCUUGGGGACCAGUCUCCAGAGCCCUAGGGGAGGUGUUUAAAUGAAAAGUCGCAGUCAGAAGUAAAGGCAGAAGUCAGAAGUAAAGGAAUGAGGAGCCUGGCUCCCUUCCAGUGAGGCUCCUGCCACUUCCCAGACAUGCAGUUAGAUGUCAAAGACUUCAUGUCAUCGAUCAUGUAACAAAAGAAGGCAGACUCUAACAUCCCCUACCCACAUUGCACCGUCCCACCCCGGCCACCGCAGUCCCCGGGGAGGCAGCUCUGCACGAGCUUGGCUGGCUUCAGGGCAGCGCGGCUGGGGCCCUGUGGCCCUGAGAUUGCACCAAAGGUGUGCACUGGUGGACAGAAGAAAAGUCACCUGCCAGCCCUGCAGGCGCCAUCGCCCCUGCGAGGUUGCACGCAGAGGGGUGGGGAGGACUCCACACUGGACAGUGGGGUGGCCGUGGCUGCCACCAAAGGCUGUCAACGUUUUCUUCAAGCAGGGCUUCUGCAAAGGCUUGAUACUUUCUCAAGGUUAAUCAAAAUCCUGUAAUUUUUUGUUUUAUUUGUAAAAGCAGGGUUUUUAAAAGCACUGGUUUCUUUGUUUUGUCUUAAGGACCAUUGGGAAGGCCAGGCUUAUUCUUUAGUCUCCCCCAAGUGAGAUGUGAGAGGCAUGUGGGGGCCUGGCUCCUGAGAAGUGGUUGGCUGCUCUUCUUGGAGGGCUACGGGUGGGGGGGGAAGGUGGGCCAGAGAUGGGCCCGUGCAGCUGUCAUCUCAGGCAGAGGAUUCCCAAAUGGUGGGAAACAGUCAUGUCACUGGAUGCUGGAUGCUUGUUUAGAAAUAAAAGUGGGUGCUGCUGAAUCCGA